AUGCUGGGCCGGUUCACGCGGUAUCGCAGACGAUUCUAUCUAGUUUUGGCCUUCGCAGUUACCUCAAUAUGCUUCAUCAAUCUUCUCUUCCUCACCCAAGCUGUCGACAGUACCGUGAUCCCACUUCCGACCUUCGGGUUGUUCACCGCAAAAACAAAACCCGUGUUCGGGCAUUAUGCGCACGAUGAGCACCCGAUCGCCAAUUUGAUGAAGGAAGCGGAUCGCCAGUGGCAGGCAUACGAAAAUGAUCGCUCAACGAGUUUUCGCCAAACUGUUACCAAAUAUCGUGAGACUUAUGGAAGACACCCACCUCCCGGUUUCAAAGAGUGGUACAUGUUCGCCCGCAAAAGAAAUGCGCACAAUAUGGACGACUUUCAGCAAAUAACUGGCGACUUGAGACCAUUCUGGGGAGUUCCUCCAGCAGAAAUUCGGCAGAUGGCGGCCAAGCUACAACACAGCGAUGGAAUUAUGGGCGUCCAAAUUCGCAACAACAAGGUGGUUUACUCCAGCGAGGAGGGAUGGAGGAUAGAGACGUUCCGGAAAUCUGUUAAACGAAUUGCGCGGUAUCUCCCAGAUAUGGACAUAGCACUCAACAUUCAUGAUCAGCCGCGAGUGAUGCUAUCAUGGGAAGACACCCAAGAAUACCUCCGCAUCGAAUCACGCACCAGAGGCCUGCCGAAAGAUGCGCAAGAUCGAUUCACCCCGGACAUGAAGUAUCUGAACAAAAAGGCUUCCGACAUCGAGGGUGUGGAUCCAUCUUGGUUUUCUGUUGCAGGCCAGCUCUACAUGGACUCUGCCCAAGACUCUUGCCCUCCAGACUCUCCGGCUCGCAACCACAACAUCACAGUCGAGGAAGCAAAUAAGUUAUACAAAUCAGCAUUGGGUGGAUUUGUGACUAACUUUACCGCUUCAUCCGAUCUAUGUACCGUCGGCCCCGUUCUCGGGAAGAACCACGGGUUUUUGUUUUCGGCUUCCAGUAACGUCAUCACAAGGAAACUGAUUCCUGUCUUCAGCGAAUGCAAAGUGAGCGUGAACAACGAUAUCCUGUUCCCUGCGAACAUGUAUUUUAUGAACGACAAGCGCUACACAUACAACGCACGUCAUGACUACGAGUGGGAAGACAAAGGGGACAAUCUUCUCUGGCGCGGCGUGACCUCCGGUGGUGUUCAGCUCGCAGACAACUGGCAGCAAAUGCAUCGUCAGCGCUUUGUGCAGCUGGCUAAUAGCACCGAGAUGGCCUCACAGACUGUUCAGAUUCUUUCUGAAACGAGCAUGAAUCAAUACCAGGAAUACACCGAUUUCUACCCAAGCAAAUUCGCCUCAGACAACUUCGAUAUUGGCUUUACCGAAGCAUUCGGCUGUAUUCCAAACUGCUCUUUCUACGAUGAUGUCUGGACUUACAAAAUGGCAAAACCAUUCAGCGAGCAAUUCAAAUCCAAAUACCUCAUCGACAUCGAUGGCCACAGUUUCUCUGGCCGGUGGCGCGCUUUCCAACUCAGCAAGUCGCUGGGUAUCAAAGCGACCAUUUUCCGAGAAUGGCAUGACUCGCGCCUCUUUGCCUGGCGCCACUUUGUACCCAUGGAUAAUCGCUACGAUGACCUGUACUCUCUAAUGACGUACUUCAUCGGCCUGGACCCCAAGACGUCGUCCCAAGAUGCGUUUUCAAUUAGCGAACCAUACAUUCAAAGCCACGACUUUGAGGCGGAGGUGAUAGCAGCUCAGAGUCGAGAGUGGGCGCAUCAUGCAUUGCGAAACGAAGAUCUGGAUAUCUAUCUUUACCUUCUUCUGCUUGAGUAUGGCCGCAUCAUUGAUGAUAACCGCGACAUAAUCGGCUAUAGUGGUGACGGAAGUGAGCUAGACUACUUUGACGACCAAUACUCAUUCUCUCCAGCGAUACGAAAUAUCGUUAACCCUCCCACUGACACCCAUAAACAAUAA